CUGGGAGGGGUCGUUUUCUGUCUGGAAGUGCCCGGAGGGGUGUGGGGGACCUGUAGGAGGCCGGGAGGGGAGAUCUGGAUGCCCUCAGUCUGCUGGGCGCAGGGAGCCGGGAGUUAGGUCCUGCGGCUACUGGAGACAUGAGCGCAGAGGGCUCCAGCCUCUCCAGCCCGGGGGCUGCCGGCCUCCAGGACUCCUCCACAGCUCCUGUCACUCCCGGGACUCUCACGGGGGCAGCUGACCCCCUUCCCGUGCUCAUCGCCCUGGCCUGCAUCUUCCUCCUGCUGGCCUCUUGUCUACUGUUCCUGACCCUCUGCAAGCCGGCAGCUCUGGACCCACGCCACCGCAGGGCUCGCGAGUGCAUGCCCCACCACCCCGAGAGCCCCAGCGAGCCGCGGCUCCGGCUCUGGAAGCGCCUGGGCUCCCUGCGCCGCUCUCUGCACAGCUUCCGGAGGGCGCGGCCCGCUGCCCCUCCGCGGCCACUGUCAGGCCAUGACAACAACCUGGGCAACUGUGACUGCACGGAAUCCACCAAAAUGUGACAGGUGUCCCCAUACAGAUGUCCCCCACUCUCCUCCACCCCCUGCAGAUCCUCCUGCCUGGGACUGUAGGACGGCAGCCCAAGCAAGCUGGGCCUUACGCAUGCCUCCAGUGCUGCCCCAGGUACCCAGCUGGUGUCCUUUCUCAGAGGUGGUCCCGAACAGCACCCUCUCUUCUGCAGAACCCUUGUGGCUCUUGCUAAAAGACCCCAGGAUCAAGAGACGAGCUCCCAUGGCCGUCUGUGCCCUUGCCCUGAGGCUCUGGGGGUACAACCCAGAACUUUCCAGGGUCCCUUUCUGGCAACCAGGCAUCAACUGCUCCUGGAAACUGCACCCCUGCUCCCCAGGAGAAACUCUGCCCCCCGCUGCAGGGCUAAAGCCCGGAGGCAAGACUCUGUCCCACCACCUGCACCACCUCAGUGCCCAAGGCAAAGGGUCCCAGGGACCCCUCGUCUCAGGUUUCCUGCCCUGCCAGCACCUGCCUGCUGAUCCAUGAGGCAGCCUCAACCUCCUGGUGAUCAGACCCCUGGGCGCUGGCUGGGGGGCUCUGGACCCCACCGUCUUAGCAGCUCGCUCAGCUGUCCCUUCAGAGUGCCCAGGUCGGAACUGAUCAGGAGGGGGCCGGGGAUGGGUGAAGAGGUUCCUGCCAGAAGCCAGGAAGAGGCCUGUCAGAGUGCCAGGUAGCCACCUGUGGCCACUGUCAGCAGCUCGAGGGCUCUGAAGACAAAACGGAGGCUCCAUGCCUUACCCAGGGAAGGAGGCGCCUUCCAGACCUCUGUGGGACAGCUGUGGGUCCUCGGGCCUGGAUCACACAAGUGCGCUAUCCAUGCACCUGGCUACUGACUGACCUGUCAAAGAAUCCCCCGGGGUGCCCUUCCUAGAAUCCCAUGUCCUCCGCCUCUCCUCCCAAGGCCAAGGCUAACCACUUUGGUUGGAUCUCAGAUUUGGAGCCUGGGAAGAGGGGACCUAAAAUGCCCAGCUCCUGUCCCAGAGUCAGGGGGCCAGGCCCCACCCUGCUGUGACCCCCAGUGCAGCCAGCCAAGACUUCCUGAGGACCGAGCUCUGGCCACGUCGCCUCUCAGCUCCAGCUUUCACUGGCAGCUAAUGCCUACUGGGAACACCCACGCCGCUGUGAGCAGAGGCCUCUGGGAGCUGGCUCCAGCUGAUCUUUUACCCUCACCUUGACCAGAGACCCCAGGCAAAAUGAACUAGCUGACCUCUCCGACUGCGCGUAGGCGGCACGCAGUACCUUCUGCGAGGCCUUCUUAGUCCUCCAGGGGAGCUGCCCUCCUGCCUGGAGCUCCUCACCCACUGUCUGGGGAGGCCAGGGAGCAGCCUCCUCUGGGCAGCGUGCAGAGUCUUGUCUGCACCUUCUCUUUCCCACCAGCCUGGGAGCUCACAGGGAGUCAGUCCUAGCUUUGAGUCACCAGCUCCAGCAGAGGGAGGAGGCCUGUUUGUGGAGCGAGGGUGGCCCAGGCUGCCAGCGUACCGCCCGUCUCCCGCUACUGCCCCUGAAGCCGACUGCUCCCCAGCAGGCCUGGCUGGAGACGCCACUGUGCUUUCUUUCCAGCUUAGCAUGAUCUCAAAGAGGGAGCCCAGCUUUGCAAAAACUCCAACCUGGGCCUGGGAGAAGGCACCCUGAGACUCUGAAUUUCUCCCUGACAAGAGGGGGCAAUCGGGGAGCCCUAUGUCACUCAAGAACUCUAGGACUCCCAUCUGAGGACUCCUGUGUAAAUGGAAACCAGUACUUGGGGUUAGGAAGUAAGGCCGGCCUCCUCCCCAAGGGUCUCGUUCCUCUCUGCCUUCUGGCUGGGUCACCUCUUCGUGGUUCACUCCCCCCAGGGCCUCCCUGAGACAUCCCAGGCUGAGCCCCGGCUGUAGGGGGCCAGCACCCACCGCUGUCCCCUGGUCAGCAGGCUCUGCCGGUCCUGUUCUCUUCCUGGGGGUGGUGCGGGGAGGUUGCCUGGAGGCCUGAAGGAACAUCCUGGGUGGGGAGGAGGCUCUCAAAGCUCUGGCUGUGCCCUUAAGUCAGGUGGGCUGCAGGCCCCGGAUGCCUAUCAGUAAGCCAGGGGUGGCAGCUACCAGGCCAGGGGUGAGGCCCACAGCUUCAUGUGCAGGGCUCUGCGAGUCUCUACCAGUUGAGGCCAGGGCCGGGAAAUCCCUUCUCCUUCCCCCUUCCUCCUUCUGGAACCAGCCACCAGGUCUUCUAAGUCCCCAGGGCUUCCGGGCUCUCCAUGUUCCUUCGAAUGAGCUCCCUGCCCCCAGUCCCUUUCCUGUCUUCUGUUCCUCAUGCAGGGACCUGGGCACACGCCCAGCCUCCCACUCUUCCUCCCUUCCCAGGCACAGGAACCUGCCUAGGGAACAGGCCCAGAGUUGCUGUUUGGCUCCUCCCGCCCCAGAGCAGUUGGAAAGCCCCAGCUGGUGAAGAGAGUCAUUCUUCCCGCCUCCCCUCUCCCGGCAACAGAGGCCGCAGGGCAGCGGCGAGGGCGGGUCCUCCACUGUUCCUUCCGAGCCUCUUAGCUGCGGAUCCUGCUCUGGGCCAAGAGAGCCCUUUCUUCCCAGUUGCCGGCUUCCAAGAGGGGAGCUGGCCAAGGGGCCAUGAAAGACCCUCUGUUCUGGCCUCUGGGCGCUGGCUCUCUCCCCACCUCCUUUCUGGGAAAGUGUGACCUGUCUCCCCUCUCUACUCUGAAAGGCCCUUCAGGGUGGGGUGGGGUGCCGAGGAGCUAGGAGAGGGAGGCCAAGGCCUUUCUCUGUUUGCUGGGGAUCCAGGCCCUGCCCCAGGGCCUCCUCAGGACAGGCCCAGCCUGGACCCUCUCCUGUUUCCAUCCCACCGUGCCUCGAUGCCACUGAGCUCGUGCCCACAGAGCCCAGUGUGGCUGUCUGACCAGGGGGUCCCGGGCCACCUGCCUGCACGAUGCUGUGGCCCUCAGGGAUGUCCUCGGGGACGCUGGCCUCGUAGCUGCUCUGGAGAAAGAUGGGCCGGUUGUCGUUCACAUCCAGGACGGUGACAAACACGGUGGCCGUGCCAGUGCGCCGCUUGCCUACGGGGCCGUUGUCUGCAGGAGUUUUAGGAGGACAGUUAGUGGAUCCUGGAGGGACAGCCUUCCCGGGCCCACGCCCGCUCCUGGGCUCCAGUUGGACACGCACCCUGUUCAGCCCCUCCAGCCCUGGGGUUUGCAACAGGUAACUCUCUCCCUUUCCAGAAUAACGCGAACGAGAUAACUUAAGCAGGACCAUGCGCCAGGCCUCACUCUCACUCAGUUUGCACCCACUUCACAGAGGAGGCAACUGAGGCACCCAGCAGGUGAAAUGGUCCAAUGCCUGGGGACCUGCCCAUGCUAAUUUAUUUGGUAAAAGGGUCUUUGAAGAUGUAAUUAAGUCAAGGAUCUUGAGAAGAGAUCAUCCUGGUUAUCCAGGUGGGACCUAAACUCGACAAUAAGCGUCUUUAUCAAAGAGAGCAUGCUGGGGGCGGUGGUGCAGGCCUUAGCCCCAGCACUCAAGAGUCUGAGGCAGGAGGGUUGCAAGUUCAAGGCCAGCCUGCGCUACUUAGACCCUGUCUCAAAAAAGGGGAAAAAAAAGAAAAGAAAAGAGAGAAGGCAGAAGGAGAUUCGAGACAGAGAGAAGGCCAUGUGGAGAUGAAGCUGCUAGCCGAGGAACACCUACAGCCACGGGAACCCAGCAUGGGGGAAGGGUUCUCCCUAGAGCCUGCGGAGGGACAGUGGCCCUGCUGACCGCUCCACUGUGAACUUCCAGAACCAGGAGAGAAUACAUUCUGUUGCUUUAAGUCACCAAAUUUGCAGUGAAUUUUUGGGCAAAUGGAGGACACAGACACAGGCCGUGAGAUUGCAAAACCAGCAGUGAGCAGGGCAGGGUGAGGUGCAGGGGAGUGAGCUGUCCUCUGCUCAUGUCCAGAGGUGACAGGCAGAACGUGGGCCCAGGGACACCCUACCCACAACCUCUCAAAAGAAAUGGACUAUCUGAACUUUCGACCUUGUUUAAAAGCUGUCAUUCUUAUUAAAACAUCGGUGGGUCAGAGACAUGCCACAGGACAGAUGCGGCUGGAGGGCCCUCUGCAUUCAGGGGCCUGGGCCUGCUUGG